AUGUCUAUCCACAAUUUCGAGGUCGCACAAGGCUGGUCGACAGACAUCUCUCGGACAAUAGAAGCUUGUCCUAAAGGGGAUAUCACUCUGAGAGGAGGAAAUUAUAGUCCAAAGUUAUCUAUCAAUGGAAAAUUAAGCCUCUCUAUUUGCCAAACCGAGCCAGAAGUAGAAUUGAUUUCGAUCUAA